CUUCAAAAUGGCGGACGACAUAGCAGUUGCCGCAGAACAGCAGCCAGCGAAAAAGGUGGCUGUUGUUGGCGGUGGCUUGGUAAGUAUUUCUGGAAAUACCUCAGAAUAUAUAUUCUAAUUUAUGUUAUCACGGUUUAUCACUUUCGACUGAGUUCUUAGCUGUUUUGCACCGAAAAAUUAUAUCAUAAAUGUCACUGAAUGACAGUCUUUACAUGUGCUUGAUGAAUCUUGUUAUCAAUCUUGUUUUAGAAGUUCUGGCAAUUCUUUCUUUCGCGAAAUUCCGUUUGUAAGUUAUAUGUAGUUCAAGAAAAUCAAGAUUUUUUAAAUAUCAGCUGUUGCGUGUCCAAAAAAAUAAGUGGGAGGAACAUUAGAGUCUUCUGGUGGAUUAUGUAAUCGUACAUUUACAUUUAUUCUGAGCAUAAUAUGAUCUUACUAAGCUAAUAGCUGGACUAUCAGGCAUACUUAUACUUCAGCAUAAUAAGAUAUUGUUUUGCACUUGUGAAGACUGUAUGCCAAAUUUUUCAGCCAACAGCUGCUGGAAUGCACAAAUUUUAUAAAAGCAUGGACAUUAUAGGAACUGAAUACCUAGACAACCUUUAAAGACUUAAGCUAAGUGCAGUUUCGCAUGGUCGAAGACCCUGGUUACCUCAAUCAUUUUGCAAGGCUUCCAAAGCACUAACACGAGAACAUUUCUUUCAAAAGUAGUGUCAAAAACUGUGUAGGAAUACUUAUUUAGUUGAUGCAGGAAGAAAAAAAGUCAUCAUACUUUGGCAUAAUUAGGAGCAUAAUCAUAAUCAUUCAUCCAGCAGAGCAUAAUUUUCAGCAUAAUGCCUUUGUUUCUUGAGUAACACUGAGAAGCAUAAUACUCAAUUUAACAAUCAUAAUCAAGGUGCAAACAAAGGGAGUUUUCCGGGGGGGGGGGCGGUACUGCCAUAUAUGAGCUAUAUAGGUAUGUGCCGCUGGGAAGGGUAUGGUUUUCAAGCAGUUUACUCUAGGAUAGGGAAUAUAAAUCAGAGCAUUUGGCUCUAGAAUAGGGUAUCAUUUUUCAGGAAACUGAUCAGUUGGUUGAAGAUUUUAUCUAGACUAGGUACACAGCUACUCUAGGAUAGGGGGAUUUGGGGAGUUUACUCUAGAAUAGGGUAGCAAAAUUCAGCUGAACUAGCUCUGGUAAAGGUUAAGGGUUCCAGGCUCCCAGCGGCACAUCCCCACCCAGAAAUUCCUAAAGUAACCCCCCCCUCCCGGGGGAGUUUUACAGCUAGCAUGUACUAGCCUAAACGUUCUUUCAAGUAGCACAAAAAAAGAAUUUUUGAUGAGCAGGUUUGAUUACAGCUCUUCUGUGAUUUGAAUUCCCCAAAAAACAUCACUUGCCUGUGGGACAACUUAAGAACAGAACUCACCAGCCUGAAAGCAAAAUCCACUAGUCCCAGGGCUAUCAGACACUACUUUCUUUGCACGCUGAUAGUUCAUCAGACACUAGUCCUAACUGCAUAAGUUUUAGAUGCGGAAGUCUGAUAUGUAGGCAUUUAUAAAAUUAAUGAACUUCACAAUGCGAGCUUAGAGCUUAGGUCAACAUAAAACUGCUUAAAGUAUGCCAAUAUCAAUGUGAAUAUCACAUUUCAAAACAUAAAAUUCAUUUUUUGCACAUUGUUAUUGUGGUAGCCGAAUACAAUGUAGCCUUGAUUUACAUGCUCAUCUAAAAAUAAUUUCCAUGAGUAAAACAUAAUAAUGGAAAGCAAAUGUUUUCAGGCUGGAGCUUUGAUUGCUGUUUAUCUGGCCAAACGUGGUUUCAGAGUAGAUGUUUACGAAGCUCGGAAAGGUAUUUAUCCUGUCAAGAUUAACAUUGUAACUGUUUCAUUCCCAGAGUUAAUUUUAUAAAACAGGGCUAUGCUCUACAUAAAAGGUCAUAGUAAUCUUAGGUUUGAACAAUACAGUUUAAAAGUUGUUUUAUUUUGUUCAAGACACUCUAACAUGUCAACAAGGAUUACAUCCAACUGAGCAAUAAGAUCACGUGACCUCUUGGUCAGAUGAUCUCACACAAGAAUUAUAAUAACUGGGAAAUUCAAGUCUCCUUUCAUGGCCUACUUGACAUGAUGUAGCUAAAAUUUUUCAGUCAUUUCUUUGACUCUUUGCAAGAGAGAGACCUGGGAUCAGUUCCUGCAUUGUCCUUCUUAUAAGGAGUGGCUGUAUCUGGUAUGAAGAACAUUCAGUUAUAAAUUGUUCCAGCUAGUUGGUGUCCAUUCUCUUCCAUUAUUGUGGGAGGCAAAAUAUCAAAUAAAAUAAUUAUUAUUCAGUACAAAGAAGCUAGAUAACAAGCUCUUGCUUCUAGUAAUGUAUUACUAUUUCAGAACUGAAGACUGUGACUGAUGUAUUGGUUUUAAACUUGAGCACUCUGAACUAUAACAGGUAAAGUGCAUUACUGUUUGGUUUUCAGACCCUCGAAAGGAGCCAACAAUAAGAGGAAGAAGCGUCAACCUUGCUUUCUCUGUCAGAGGAAUAGCGGCUUUAAGUGCAGUAGGUGCCGAGGGACCAGUAAGUCAAGUUGUGUCUGUGAUACAUUUCCUGGCCAAAUUAUAAUAUGUAAAAGGGAACCACCAUUUACACCAAUUCACACAAAGUUUAGUGCACAAAUUUUUACUGGUAGUGUUAUCCAGUAACUUGCAGAAGGCCCACAAAAAUUUAGUGCCUGACACUGUUACACAUUUUGGCAUCCAUUAGUUUGCACCUCUUGUAGAAUACUUUACAACCACUUCUCCUACCAUCUUCAUCUCUGUGAAAAAAUAGUUGGUGCCCGAUGCCUGUAAGUGCAGAAACUUCACUUGUUUCACAAGGUUUGGGAGAAGGGCAACACAGUUCUAGGAGUGAAUAUCCUGCCAAGGGUGGCGGUAAAAGGGGAGAGCAGUGAUUUUGUUACCUCUGCUUCCUACGUCCAUGACAUAUAAAAAUACCCAAAGACACAAAAUAACUCAUGGCGUGCAUCCUGGAGGAUGCAAAGAUCGAUUGAUUGAUCUGAACAUGUGUUUUUCCUAGACAUAUCCUGUUUAUUUAAUUUCUGUGGCAGUUAUUAUGGCUGUUGUUUAACAAUGUUGUUUUUCUAACUGGGACUCAUGAUUUUUCACAAGAUGAGUCCCAAGACUCACCAUAACUUUUUGCAGCAAAAUCACUGGGAGAGGCCUCAGCAAAAGACAUGGUGACCCUCCAUCUGCAGCCCCCCAUCUGCCCCCUUAAAUUAUUAAUAAUGACCAGAUCCCUUUAAAAGCAUCUUAUCAGUAUCAUCAACAUGUCAGACCUUCUACCACAUAUUCUAACUGGAGCAUUUACAUUAUUUUCUAAUGAUUUAUAGAGUGAAAGCAAGAAAUGCACAUGUGAUUAUCUAAUAGACCCACAAUAUUCUGAUUUCAUCCAACCAGGUUCUUUCUCUCGGCAUACCAAUGCAUGCACGCAUGAUUCAUUCUCACAGUGGUGAGACAACACCCAUCCCAUAUGGAAAACAAGGACAGGUGAGUUGUUCUCAGUGCUUUAUCCUUCUGUGCCCAUCUCAAACCCCUGUCAUUAUACUACAGCUGCAUAACUAACACUAAGAUUUUAAAAUAACACAGUCAAACCCCACUUCAUGGACACCUCAUUAUUGCAGACAGUUUGCUUUGUCCCUGGGGAAAGAAAGCCCUUAUAGACACUUUCUUUGAAUUCAACCUGCUUAAUAUGAGCUCACCAUUAAUACAGACACUUUCACUGGCCACCUCAGUGUCUGUAUUAAUGGUGUUUGUACUGUAGAAAGUUCUCUGGUAAGAAUACAUAGUUCCACUUGAUCAUGCAUAGAGAUCAGACAAUAUCAAUGACACCAUAUUGGCUCCUUGACACACAACCGUUUUUGUAAACCAUCAGCUCUCUUAUAAGUAAACACUAUUUGUACCACCAAGCAUCUGAGGUUUCUGGGAAGAAAGAGUUGACUAACAUUUUUGUGCAUGUACAUUUACUCAGAUUUACUGGCCUUUGUUAGUUUCUUUUCUUUUUUGGAGAUAUCACUGUUGCUGUAGUCUGUAUCACUUCUAAUUCCCAAAUUAAUACAUUGCAAUAUUUUUUAUUUUUUUUCAAAAAUGAAUUAAUAAAUUUUAUUUGUAGCUGUAAUUCUAUCAGUUCAUUUCUUUAACUGUAAUAUUAUUCUAACAGUAUUUGUUAUCAGUUGAGAGGCAGAAGCUGAACAAAGAUCUUCUAUCUGGUAAGUGUUAGGACUCUCCUACUGUAUCUGUUUGUUUCUGCUACCAAUACAUAGGUAUAUCAAAAUGUGCGUUGAAAAGGUACGAAAAUCCAGAUCCAAAGCACUGAUGAAAAGGGAGCACCCUCAAAACGUCUGGAUUCUCGUACCGUUUCAAUGCACAUUUUGAUAAACUUUGUAAAUUAAAUCAAUCAAUCACUUCCAGUUUUCUAUACGUAUAGUUCUUUCUUAAACCUAGGUAGAUAUAUAAGUGACUUGUUAUGCAAAAGGCUGGGGUGUACAUUAAUUAGUUUGCUUUCCACUUUUACCUAUCACUAAUGGCAGUAAUGUCCAUCCCCAGUCCCACCCUAGUACCCCUAGGGGAGAAAUCCAUCCACUCAUUCCACCCCUGAAAGGGAACAUGUCUCUGAACUUUCACCCCACCCCCUCUGCUCUUAGACAAUGUGUGACUGAUGUAUGACCGACAAACAACUGAUUUUCUUUUCUAUUAGUCUCAGAGUCUUAUCGCCAUGUUGGCCUGCACUUUGAGCACAAACUUGUUGCUGUUGAUCCAGAGAAAGGCCAUCUCACAUUCAAGUGGUAUGUUUCUAAAAAAAUAUUGCUUGUUUAUGAUAAACUGUAAUAGGCUCUGUUAAUGCUUUUGCUUAGUUAUAUUUGAUUGAAACAUCCUCAGUAACCCUGUCAAUUUAUGUCUUUUAUACAGUCUUGGAAAUAAUGAUCAGAUACUUGAGGUUGAUGCAGACCACAUCAUCGGAAGUGAUGGAGCAUACUCCGCUGUGCGAAGAGAGCUGAUGAAAAGGCCAAGGUAUGUACAGCUGUAGGGCAGUCAAACACUUGAGAUCCAUUUAUAAUCACCAUGAAAUAUCCAAUCCCUGUUGAGUAGUUGUAGGUAUCGCCAUUUACCAACAAGGGAAAAAAAAUACCAUCAACAACAUUACUAUUCUUUGGUGUAUUAUCCAUAGUACCACACUGUUAAAAUCUUGCAAAGACCUCAUAAUGUCACACACCAGAUUAGUUCUUGUGUUAUCCCUAUUUUUCCUUUUCUUACCUCAUACAACAGUGCAUUUUAUUUAUGUAUUUUGUUGAUUUUUAAUUUCAGAAAUAAUAUGAGUUAUAGCUUAUUCUUAUUCUUUCAACUCCUGCAAAAAAAUUGCAUUACACUCAGCUUAACCCUUCCGAUUUGUUCAUAAUUUAGGUUUGAUUUUAGCCAAGAGUACAUUCCUCAUGGUUAUAAAGAACUUUGCCUUUCUCCUACCCAAGAUGGAGAGGUUUGGAAAAUUUUUAAAGUCUUUUAAACAACAACCCUUAUUAUAAUAAUAAGAUAUCAUGGUGUAUUUUAGAAUUUCUUUUUGUAACCAUACAAAUUCUUCCUCUGUACAUUUAAAACUACUGGAUGAUCUUGACACCCAUAAAAGGAUGGGUUAGUUUAUGAAAAAAUUUCUUGGUUUGGACCUAAGGCUUGGCACAGGCUGAAGAUAUUAAUAACAAAAACAAGUUAAGCUGUUCAUGUUUAUCUGUUAAUAAUAUAAUAUUAUUUAUGAUAAAAUUAUUUUAUAAUAAAUUUGUUUAUUUGUUAUUUAUUUAUUUAUUUAUUUAUUUCAAUUGUAGUUUGCUAUGGCAGUGAAUUAUUUACACAUAUGGCCAAGACAGACAUUCAUGUUAAUAGCUUUACCAAAUCAGGUACAUGUACUUACUAUCUUCUUUGAAAUGAGAAAGUUGUUGAGUAGAGUAGGAGCUGCUCAUAAGGUCUCUCGUAAUUGGUCGCUGGAAACAAUGACAUGUCAUUCUUCCAAUUGUUUUAGUAUCGUUUGGGGUCAGGGAAACACACUAGUGGUGACUUCUCUUCCGAGCAGCUGCUACAUGACCCCAGUCAUUGUUAGGUUAUAGUCAAACCUGCAGGCAGACACCCAUGGUACCCUCCCCAGUGGAGAUGUCCACUUAGUACAAGUGUCUUUCACAGAAAAUAUGGGAAGAAAAGUGCGGGGGUCACUGAAGCUCUUUGUCAGCUGGAAUUAAAUGUUAAUGGACUCGCAACUGUUUUAAAUCAUAUUUGCCAAAUGACCAAGCAAAAGUGUCAUUUGUCAAAUUAGCGGCUUACCAUUCCCACUCAUGAAAUUAUGAUCACAAGAGAAAUAUGAUGUUACUUUACUUCUUGUCAUAACUAAAAUAGUUUUGUUGUUGUUUUUUAAGGACAAGUCAUUUACCUGUACAUUGUUUCUACCAUUUGACCAGUUUGACGUGUUAAAAACAAAGGUAUGAUAUUCUUAACGUGUAUUGUUAUUUUUAUUUUUUUAAUAAAAAUAAUAUUAUUAUUGUAUCACUCAGUUGGUUAGUUUCAUGAGUGCUUUUGUUGGUCGAUUUCAUAGGCUAGAUUCUACUGUACAGCCCACUAAAUUGGAAAAUUUGCCUUUCCUUUGCAUCCAAUGGAUAUCUUACUAAACCUCUUUCUCCCUGUUGUUAGUUUACACACUGUAAAUUACAUUCCUCUGUUUUCUUUCCAUGUUGGUUUACGGCCCAAGUGGGAAGUCAGGGGCCGAUCCAGGAUUUUUUUAGGAGGGGGUGCACUCGUCUCUUGCUCUACUUCAACAACAAUAAACCAUAGUUUUUUUUUUGGCAGAAUACCAGUUGUAUUAGAGAACCCCAGGUCAUCUCAGGGGGGUGCGCACCCCCUGCACCCUCCCCCUAGAUCCGCCCCUGGAAGUGUACAGGCCAUAAUUAAAUCAAUGGGGAAAAACUUGGUUCAUAGAUUACAGUAUCAGGACUGAGAAAACAGGGUUCAUAAGAUGAAUGAAUUAUAAUUAUUAUUUUUGAUGAAUUAUGCUUUGCAGGAAGAUGUAUUGGAAUUUUUUCAAAGAGAAUUCCCUGAUUUCCUGGCCUUAAUGGGAGAGUAAGAGAGUGAUAUUCUUCUUGACUUCCACAUCCACAAGAAUACAUUGUAACUGGGUUUUUGCUUCACAAGAUCGUACUUUCUGUCUGUCUGGUUAUUCUCAGUCUGUUUAUUAACUUGUAGAAAACCACAUCACCCAAUCCAUCCCCCCAGCAUAAGCCUAGAAUAAUAUUCCUUAAAACAACAAAUUAAAAAGGAUGAAAAAACUAAAUUACAGUGGAACCCCGCUAUAACGAACCUCGCUAUAACGAAGACCCCGUUAUAAAGAACAACAUUUGAAAGCCCGGCAGAUUUACAGUAAAAUAUGUUGAAACGAACCCCGCUAUAACGAACCCCGCUAUAACGAAAUCCCCGCUAUAACGAAAGAUUUUGACGGUCCCAACGCACAAUUUACCUCGCUAUAAUGAAUAUUUUGUCCUGUUGCUCGCUCGCAGUCAGUAACAACGACAGAUUUGAGCGUAGAGUAGAAUUCACAGCUUGCUUUAUUCCGGUUUUCUCAACACGCGACAGAAGAUAAAACGCUGUACAGAUCAACAGUCAACAAAUCCUUUGACAGCAACCUAUCAGUCAACGGCUUAUUAUGUCAUAGACAUUGGCGUUAUACAGUAUUUCGACAUCAAUUAACUUCUGCUCUCUUCUUGUUAAUUCUAUUAACUUCUUCACUUUCGAAGGCUUCUGUACCUAAGACUUUACCAUAGUAGCAACUGACGAGGAACGCUAUAGUUCCGAAACUGCAGUCUUGCUUAAGAAUCCAUAGCAGUCGCACAGAUGACUGUUAAGCAAAAACUUAAGAAAAUACCUACGAAGGAACAACAAGACAUCGCACUCUAGUUCAAAGACUCACUUAUGUUAAGAAAAACUAAAUGGACUGUGUGAGCGCUAAGAGAAUUAUCUUGACUGACGCACGGCAUAUUUCUCCAAACUUGGUGUAGCUUUAGUUUUUAAGCUACAGUGUACACCUCAUAUCUGAAGAUCGCACUAUCCGUGGAAAUUCAAAAUCCUGCAAACCACACUAUAGAGCUGGGCCCAGAGUCAUACUGACAUGGCAGGAAAUAAUCACAUUCACGGACAAAGAAACUUGCAUGCAUGCAUGUAGUUAUUCAGAUACAGCCAUUUCGGAGAAACCCAAAAAAACUAAAAUCUUUAUUCAGCCGUAAUAAACAGAGGUCAAAGGAUAUAAAACACUUUACAACUGCAUCUGAAAUCAAAUCCUAUCAGGGACACCUACCGAAACAUAAACCACAGGAAAUGAUUACUCAGUAUGCAUGUAAAAAACCUGCUUCAUGACCUCUAAAAAAGAUUUAGUGCGGCAAAAACAAGAUUUACUCAGUCAAAGUUUAGAAUGCUACACCUCCUGCACUGUGUAGUGCUAGUAACCUUCGCGCGAGAGAAAAAAGAAAGAGAACCACUGUUCAAGCAGACUCUCAAGGUCACGUUUCACAUUAUCACGAGCUUAUGAGUCGUGUUUGGCCUGUCAACGCUUAUUUCUUAGUGUAGUAUUGAAUUUUUGGUAAUUUUAAAUUACCCCGCUAUAACGAAUAUUUCUGUUGUUGACCGGAUAAUUCGUUAUAACGGGGUCUUCGCUAUAACGAAGACCCCGGUAUAACGAACAUUUUUUUCGGUACCGUGACACUUCGUUAUAGCGGGGUUUCACUGUAUCAUCAGUUUGCAGUUUGUGAACAUUAAAAGAGCUACUUUAUAGUUUUUGUCCUUUUGAACAGAUUGUAGACAUUAAUGCUUCCUGGACAGACAAUAAUAUUGUCAGUGCACUAAAUUUUUUUCCCUGCAGCAGUUCUGUUAAAGCAAUCAAUUUUUUUGUUUUGCUUGUGCAAUUUUAAGCACUCAAGAAGUUACUUACAAACUCCAUAAAAAAGGAUUUUACUGUAUUUUACUCAUGCUUUUGGUUUGAAUUUAUUAGAGAAAAACUGGUGGAGGAAUUCUUCAGAAAUCCAACUGGCCCCAUGGUAUCAGUCAAGGUACCUUAGAUACUAAUCUGUAAAUUAAGAAUACUGGUAACCUGCAGGGGUGGAUCUAGGGGGAGGUUGCAGGGGGUUCAUCCCCCCCUCCCCUGACAUGACCUACGGCUUUCUAAUACAACUGGUAUUCUGUAUUAAAAUUUGUUUACAUCACCAGUCAGUUACGCCAUUCCUUAGUGGUGCACCUGGAUCCGCCCCUGUACUACAUUAGGCCAUAUCUGUGUUGGCUUAUUAGCCUCCUAUUUAAAACAAAGGUAUUAGUGCUGGCUUCAAAUUAUGUGAAAAUGGUUCUUUGUUGUUUUGUUGUUUAAUCCUUCAUGCAAACAAAAUCAAAGACAAAGUCAUUUACCCUCUCCCUCCUCUCCCCCAAGUUUGUAAUGUUAGUAUAUUACUCAACUGUUUUACAUCUUAUUACUUUAUUAUUAAUGUAACUAAUAAUAGAUUGUGUUUUUUUUCCUUAGUGUAAACCAUAUCAUGUUUCUGACAAAGUUUUGCUCAUUGGUGAUGCUGCUCAUGCCAUGGUUCCUUUCUACGGCCAAGGAACAAAUUGUGUAUGUAUAGUUCGUUUGUGCACUUUAGAAACAAAGAAAUGUGAAUAAAUGAAUAAAUGAUUGAAUGAAUGAAUGAAAGAAUGAAUACGUUAGCAAUUAAGUGAGUGAAUGAAUUCUCUAUACAUGUAGUAUGCACGAUAUUUUCUAUUUUCUUAUUUUAACAAAAAGUUUUGAUUUCUAAGUCACAAUUUUAUUUAUAUUAUAUUGAAUCAAAAUCUGGAUGUGAUCAUUAUUUGGUGAAAUAUACACCUGUGCAUGAAUUUGGGUUAAAUUUAAAUCUUGUUUUCCCCUUUUAUGAUUUUCUGUAUGUCUUUCCCAGGCAUUUGAAGAUUGUUUGGUGCUUGAUGGGCUUCUGGAGAAACACAACAAUGAUUUUGGUUAGUGAACUGACACCGCUUUAUUUUUAUUCAGUCAGAACUCAUGCAUCCAACUUCUUGUUGGUAUUAACUACCUGUAGUGUAUCUAAGGGUGGAUUUGCUUCGUUUGUAAUUCUUACGUGCGGUAGUUUGUAAAUUUAACACACAUAGACAAUCCACCGUAACUGAGAAACUACAUGUACAGUAUACUGCAUGGCAAUGAUAAUUACCAAAUUAUAUAUGAUGAUGAUGAUGAUAUUGCACCUUCUGUCUUACAUUUAUACGUCCGUCAUUCAGAAUUAAGAUAAGUGAAGAUACAACUUCUUUUCAGUUGUGGUAUUGAAAUUCAAAAACUAUUUAUGUUAAUUUAUAGGUGAAUUACCAUGCAUUAAAACAAUAAAAAAAACUACGUUUAAACUAAAGCUGACAUUUAUCAGAAUUGCACUGACAAACUAGUGCUUUGUAUACUCAAACAGAAAGUCAGCUUUUGAAUUUCUCUAGCUGUUUUACCUAAUCACCCAAAGGCCCUGGUUACUCAAAAGCUAGAUAGUGCUAUCCACAGGAUAAAUAGCUAUCCUGAAGUGGAUAAGUGGAGUACCGUAAAUCCUCUAUUAAGCCCCCCCUCUCAUAUAAGCCCCCCCUCUGUAAUAAGCCCCCCUUUUCAGAGGAGGAAAGCUAAUAAGCCCCCUCUCUAUUAAGCCCCCCCCCCUCCCCCUCCCCCGAUCCUUAUUCUUUACAAAAAAAUUAAUGAUUAACGUGGACUGAUCAGUUAUGGUUUAUUCAUAAAAAUUACCGAAGAACAUGAGGCCGAAAGCACAUUUUCGAAGAAUAAGAAUUUUGUUUUUGCUACUUUUAGGCUCCCACAAGUGAAUUAAAUACUUUUGACAGUGACUUUAAUUGUACAACGCCUAAGUCUACUCUGUCUGAUACCACGGUAUUUUUGCUACAGGUGAUUCGUUUCGCUAAAUUAAAUAAUCCUCCCCUCUCUUUUAAGCUCCCCCUUAAAAGUGCUUGGAAAAAAUAAGCCCCCCGGGGGGCUUAAUAGAGGAUUUACGGUAGUAGAGAAAAGUAAUCGUGUUAUCCAGUGGAUAGUGAUUUAUUUGGUGGAUAUGGCUCUCCACAUUUUAAGCAACUUGUGCCUGGUUGAUUAAAUCCACAAGACAUGUUUAGGAACUUUUUCAAUAGUUGGUUGAAAUUGACAUUUUCUUUUUGUCUGUUGCUACAUGUACAGCAAGAGCUCUAGCAGAAUACACCAGAACAAGGAACAAAGAUGUUGAGGCCAUGUGUGAUUUAGCAAUGUACAACUACAUUGAGGUGAGUAGAACUGGUUCAUUAUGAAGACACUGUGAAGUUGUUUACCUUUGAAUCCAUGGGAAAAACCCUUUCUUGAGGUGACCAUUCAAACAGAUCUCUCAUCAGUUUCUAACUUAUACAUGGUACCAUCUGAUUUUUGUUAUCUUUCUUGAACUUUGACUUGAAACACUCUUAUAAUUUAAUGGUAAAUGGUAAAAAAUAUAAAGGUGAUUUAAAUGGGUCAUUUCCUAUGUGUCAAUAAACCUCACUUUCAAAGCAAGGCAUUGAUGAAUUAAAAUGUUUUAUUGUUUGUCAGUUUAGGCUAGUACAACAAAGAAAAACAUUGCUCGACUUCAGAAGGAACAAAGUUUUGCAGCUAGGGUUGCCUCUGGGGCAAGAAAAUUUGACCAUGUCAUCCCCACAUUAAAGCAACUACAUUGGUUGCCAGUUGCUCAGGACGGAGAAUUUUAUUAUUUGGUUCCAUAGAACCUUUUACAGUUAGACUCUUUUUUUACUAGCCAGGAUAGUUAUAAUCUAUUUAUAGUUUUUUACUGUAAAUGUUACUGAAAAACCAUGUGUUCUUUUAUAAUGAAAAUAAUAUCACAAUAACUGUGGUAUUUUCCUUUUCUUGGCACAGAUGAGAUCUUUGGUAACUUCACCAGUUUUCCUUAUGAAGAAGAAGUUGUUUAACUUUCUUAACUGGGUUAUGCCCAGGACAUUUAUACCUCUUUACACCAUGGUAAGUACAAUGAAUGCACAGGAUGUGAUUGGGUAGGCUAUUCUAGGAUCUCUGCAACAAGUACAAUGGAAGAGGAAGCCUGUCAAAAUGAAAGUGCAGGACUGGAAAAGAGACUUCCAAAUUAAAAAGUUCUUGAUUUAACGAAUGAUUUUCUUUACCCCAAUUAUAGUAAGAUAUUUGAAAAAGAACCUCAAUAUAUUGAAAUCUUGUUAUAACAAACAAAUUUUGUCAAUCCCUUCGCCCUUCGUUAAUUCGAGGUUUCCGUGUACUAGUAAUAGAAAGGGUUAGUUGUAUGAGAAAGAGUGCAAAAUAAAUUAAUGUAAAUAAACCCAUGAGCACUGUGAAAGACAGUUGGGGUUUUGAUUACCACUCACUGUUUGGGAAAUGAACUUGGGACCCAAGAGAGUAGCAUAUAUCAAGCCUACUAGGACUGGGGAAGAGGUGCUAGCAAUCAUUUUCCACUGGGUCUUUGAACAAUGUUUAACAACGAUUUGCUUCUAUUUUAUUGGUGUCUUUUUAACUCACUGCUUGCCUUUAUUUAUGUUGUCUUCAGGUUUCAUUUACUCAGAUACCUUACCACACAGUAGUUGAAAGAUCACAUUGGCAAGAUGAGGUGUGUGUGAAAAACAUAGUCCUAAUUUAUUUUUCUCUAGCCUACGAAUAAGCUCUCCCAACUCGGAGGUGGGAGAGCUGAGCCAUGAGGCAGCUUUAUCAACAUAUCAUCAUUAUCAUCAUCAAUCUUUAUUCAUACAUGAAAUCGUAUUAGUUUUAGGUGUUGUGUGUAAAAAUUAAACAUCAUCAUCAUCAUCAUCAACAAAAUUAAGAUCAUCAUCAUCAGUGGUGCAUUAGGCCAUGAGGGAGCUUAAGGGAUCUUGCCUGUCCUACAGCAUUAUUUCUAUGUUUUUGUAUCCCAGCCUUCAGUUUUCAAAUAGACUUGCCCCUGCAUUUUUAGAGUAGGGUUAAAACUGCAACCAUUUUUAAAUUAAACAUUGUCAAAGGUGAUUAUCCCCACAGACUGACAGUUCAUUUCCUUUAGGAUUCUUCAUAUUAAAUUAGUUUUUUCUUUCUUGCUUUCCAGUCGAUCAUCAACUUAGAAUGAGCUAAAUUUAUCAUGGGUAUCCUACAGUUUGUCUGUAUAAUAUAUUUAUCUAUUAAUUCAAUGGACUUUUGUCAUUAUUUCUUGAUAAUAAUAUUAAUGUUUACUUUUUGUUUCAGGUAGUAAAGAAGGCAGCACUGACAACUUCAUUAUUAGCUGGAGUAGGAGCAGCUCUGAUUGGUCUCAUAAUUUUGAAAAAAGACUUCAAACUUUUUUGA